ACCACCGUGCGUGCAAAGACAUCCUCCCACCCUGCUCCUCUUCCUCCCUGUUCCCAGGGAAGAGCUUCCAGCAAACUGAACUGCUGCUCACUCUGGUCUGCCUUGACCCCCUGCACUGAGGAGGCAGGAUGCAGCCCGAAUUUUGGCUGGGGAUCAGCACCCUGGCAGCAGUGCUGAGCACGGCCCUGCUGGAGGAUGGAGUGUGCCGGGCACCAGAUGGCAAGGAUGGCUUCCCUGGAGUCCCUGGCCGCGAUGGGAGGCCAGGGCAGAAGGGUGACAGGGGAGAGCCAGGGAAACCAGCGCCAAGGACGGGCAUCCGGGGACCCAAAGGGGAUGCAGGCGAACCCGGGGCUCCUGGCAUUCCAGGGAUCCGCGGACUCCCUGGCCUCCCUGGCUCCAUUGGGAUACCAGGGCUGCCAGGGCUCAAGGGGGAGAAGGGGGCACCCGGCAAUACCCUGGAGCAGCCGUGUCCCGCCUUCUCCGCCUCGAGGAGGUCCCCGCCAUCCAUGGGCAGGACGGUGGUGUUCGACAACAUCAUCACCAACGAGGAGAACUCCUACAGCCCCCAGACGGGGCAGUUCACCUGCCGCAUCCCCGGGCUCUACUACUUCGCCUACCAGGUGGUCUCCAGCGGGGACCUGUGCCUGAGCAUCACCAAGAACAGGGAGCAGGUCGUCAGCUUCUGCGACAACAACAGCGUCGGCGUCCUGCAGGUGAACUCGGGCAGCAGCGUCCUCAGCCUGGCCCCGGGCGACCAGGUGUCCGUGAGCACCAACCCUGCCCGGGGCAGCUCGAUCUACAGCGGCUCCGAGGCAGACAGCGUCUUCAGCGGCUUCAUGCUCUUCCCACAGACAGGCGGUCUGUCACUGCGCAGUGACUGCCGCGGCCAGAGGGACCAGCAGCACAGGGUCCUGUCCCCUGCUCCCCACCAGAGAACCAAAAUGGAGCAGAGGUUCUGGGAGCAGCUCAGUCUGGCCCUCACCCUCCUCCUCCUGAAUGUGGGCUCUGCUGUGAAUGGAGAUGCCCCUCACAACUGCUAUGGAGCUCCAGGCCUGCCAGGAAUGCCGGGGACGCCAGGCAAGGAUGGCCGGGAUGGGCUGAAGGGAGCCAAAGGGGAGCCAGGUAUCCCAGCUCCUCCUGCAAUGCAAGGGCCCAAGGGCAUGAAAGGGGAACCGGGCAGCCCUGGUUUGCCAGGCAAGAAGGGUCCCAGUGGCCUUCCUGGUCCCGCUGGAGACCCUGGGAUGAUAGGCCUGCCUGGAGAGCCAGGAAUGCCAGGCAGCUACAAGCAGAAGCACCAGUCAGCCUUCUCAGUGACGAGGCAGACCAUGGAGCACCCCUUGAAGAACGUCCCUGUGAUUUUCAACCACGUCAUCACCAACACCAACCACGACUACAACACCACCACGGGCAAGUUCACCUGCAAACUCCCCGGGCUCUACUACUUCGUCUUCCACACCUCUCAGACAGCCAACCUCUGCACCAUCCUGCACAAGAACCAGAGGAGGAUGGCCAGCUUCUGUGACCACAAGACCAACACCAUGCAGGUCAGCUCGGGGGGGCUCCUGCUCCACCUGGCUGCUGAGGACCAGGUCUGGCUGGAAGUGAAUGACUACAAUGGCAUGGUGGGCAUCGCCAACUCUGACAGCAUCUUCUCAGGGUUCCUGCUCUUCCCAGACCUGGCAGAGAACAUUCGUGGAGGAUGUGAAACUGCCACGGACAAAAGGGCAGGAGCUAAAGAUAAAAAAACGGGAUGUGUCCCAGAUCCUUUCACAAUAACUCCUGCAGCCAACUUCUGCUUCUCCUCGCAGGCAUUUCCAAGCAGGACGCUGGUGUGUCCCGCUCCACCUCCCCACCCAAGCAACAAGGAGCUCAAGAUGUGGCUCCUGUGGGUGAUGCUGAUCUGCCUGGCUGAAGGGCAGCUUGCCAGUGCCACACUCUGCAAGACCUACGGCACCAUCCCAGGCAUCCCAGGGUCACCAGGACGACCUGGCAGCAAUGGCAGAGAUGGGGAGAACGGCCCAAAGGGAGAGCAAGGACCUCCUGGCCGGGCAGAGCACGAAGGAGACCUGGGGGAGAAGGGAGACCCGGGAGCACCGGGGUACCCGGGGAAGGUCGGCCCCAGGGGCCCGCCGGGUGGAAGGGGAUUACCAGGUCUCACCGGAUUACCCGGCCCGCCGGGGGACUCUGGAGACUACCAGGCCACCCUCAAGUCUGCCUUCUCCGCUGCCAGGAGCAUCAGCACCUACCCCCGCCGGGAGCAGCCCGUGCGCUUCGACCGCAUCAUCACCAACGAGAGGGGCCACUACGAGAACCGCUACGGCCGCUUCAUCUGCCGCGUCCCCGGCAUCUACUACUUCACCUACCACGCCACCUCCAGGGGCAACCUGUGCCUCAGCUUCAAAAAGGGACGGGGCGGCAGCAGGGGGGAGAAGGUGGUGACCUUCUGUGACUUCGUGCGCAGCAGCUUCCAGGUCACCACGGGCGGCGUGGUCCUCAAGAUGGCAAUGAACGAGUCUGUCUGGCUGGAGCCGACGGAGAAGAACUCCCUGGUGGGGAUCGAGGGGUCCGACAGCAUCUUCUCCGGCUUCCUCAUCUUCCCCGAGGCUUAG